CCCUCCUCCCGCUGGCUUCUUCUUGCGACUUUUCUUUUGUUGUUGCCGUGACCCGGGUCUGUUUUCUUGGCUGUUGUUGAAGGUGUUUUCCUGCUGCACCGGCUCUACGCCCUCCACCUCCUUCCCUGUGGUUUUAACCUUCCUCUUUCCCCGUGUGCUCUGAGCACGGGCACCUACGUAAAGAUUUGCAUUUCUGCCCCACUCCCCACCCCCACCCCCGCCCGCACCUCUUUGAAAAACAAAACCCCAAUCUCCCAAAACCUCUGUGGGUCCGCGGUAGCGAGACGUGCAGGGGUUGAUUUGUGGAGUGGGAGUCGCUGGCCCAUUGCGGUGCUUGGGGCUCAUUAAACUGUCACUCACCCCCCACCCCACUGGGUAAAUGGGGUGAUUAAUGUCUGAUAUAUUGGAAUGGGGCGAGGGCAUUUGUGGAGAAUAGGCUGUGUCGCUUGGGGAGAAGAGUGGCUCGGGACCUAGGCGUUCAUAAUUAUGUCAUUCACCGCGAAGUUAGGGAAAGUUAGGCUUGUGACUUUGGGAAAGCGAGGACAGGGCAGAGUCACUGGGUUUUGUUACCGUUUGACUCUUUGCCACAGUUUUCUAAUGACAACAGAGCAGUUACCACGGGGGCUGGGACUCUGGCCUCUGGCCUCAGCCCCUUUUUUACUUCUCACUCUCCUAAGUGCCUUGUGGAAAAGUGUUUGACAUUCAUGGAUGUCGCAGCACCUUGCAGGGCGCUGGUCAGCCCAGCCCGGGUUACAUUACCAUUUCAUCAGCCACUAGAAAAGACUUAAAACCCUAGCUAAAAAGUUCCUAAACUUCCUGCACUGCACACCCCCCCCCCACUUUCCUCUGAAAGGUUUUCUUGUGAUCAAGAACAUUACAGAGUAACGGGGAAAAAAAAAGAAAAGAAAAAUGUUAUGGGACACAGAUCAAGGGAAGACAAGGUUCUGCUUUUUCUGCGCAGAAAGAUCAGACACGCAGUCUGCUUUUUUUCCACCGAUGUAACAGACCUGGAGCCAGGAAGACUCAGAGGAAAGGACUUAAUCAGGUUUAUGUGUCCUAAAGGUUAUGAAGACAGUAUGGAGUUUCCAGACCAUAGUAGACAUUUGCUGCAGUGUCUGAGCGAGCAGAGACACCAGGGUUUUCUUUGUGACUGCACUGUUCUGGUGGGAGAUGCCCAGUUCCGAGCGCACCGAGCUGUACUGGCUUCAUGCAGCAUGUAUUUCCACCUCUUUUACAAGGACCAGCUGGACAAAAGAGACAUUGUUCAUCUGAACAGCGACAUUGUUACAGCCCCGGCUUUCGCUCUCCUGCUUGAAUUCAUGUAUGAAGGGAAACUCCAGUUCAAAGACUUGCCCAUUGAAGACGUGCUAGCAGCUGCCAGUUAUCUCCACAUGUAUGACAUUGUCAAAGUCUGCAAAAAGAAGCUGAAAGAGAAAGCCACCACGGAGGCAGACAGCACCAAAAAGGAAGAAGAUGCUUCAAGUUGUUCGGACAAAGUUGAGAGCCUCUCAGAUGGCAGCAGCCACAUGGCGGGCGAUUUGCCCAGUGAUGAAGAUGAAGGGGAAGAUGAAAAAUUGAACAUACUGCCCAGCAAACGGGACUUGGCAGCUGAGCCUGGGAACAUGUGGAUGCGAUUGCCCUCAGACUCAGCAGGCAUCCCCCAGGCUGGCGGAGAGGCCGAGCCACACGCCACCGCAGCUGGAAAAACAGUAGCCAGCCCCUGCAGCUCAACAGAGUCUUUGUCCCAGAGGUCUGUCACCUCCAUGAGGGAUUCGGCAGAUGUUGACUGUGUGCUGGACCUGUCUGUCAAGUCCAGCCUUUCAGGAGUUGAAAAUCUGAACAGCUCUUAUUUCUCUUCACAGGACGUGCUGAGAAGCAACCUGGUGCAGGUGAAGGUGGAGAAAGAGGCUUCCUGUGAUGAGAGUGAUGUUGGCACUAAUGACUAUGACAUGGAACAUAGCACUGUGAAAGAAAGUGUGAGCACUAAUAACAGGGUACAGUAUGAGCCGGCCCAUCUGGCUCCUCUGAGGGAGGACUCGGUCUUGAGGGAGCUGGAUCGGGAGGACAAAGCCAGUGAUGACGAAAUGAUGACCCCGGAGAGCGAGCGGGUCCAGGUGGAAGGGAGCAUGGAGAGCAGUCUGCUUCCUUACGUCUCCAACAUCCUGAGCCCCGCUGGCCAGAUCUUCAUGUGCCCCCUGUGCAACAAAGUCUUCCCCAGCCCUCACAUCCUGCAGAUCCACCUGAGCACCCACUUCCGGGAGCAGGACGGCAUCCGCAGCAAGCCGGCGGCAGACGUCAACGUGCCCACGUGCUCACUGUGCGGGAAGACUUUCUCCUGCAUGUACACCCUCAAGCGCCACGAGAGGACUCACUCGGGGGAGAAGCCCUACACGUGCACCCAGUGUGGCAAGAGCUUCCAGUACUCGCACAACCUGAGCCGCCACGCCGUGGUGCACACGCGCGAGAAGCCACACGCCUGCAAGUGGUGUGAGCGCAGGUUCACGCAGUCGGGAGACCUGUACAGACACAUUCGCAAGUUCCACUGUGAGUUGGUGAACUCCUUGUCGGUCAAAAGUGAAGCACUGAGCUUGCCUACUGUCAGAGACUGGACCUUAGAAGAUAGCUCUCAAGAACUUUGGAAAUAAUUUUAUAUAUAUAUAUAUAUAAAUUAUAUAUG